GGGGCUGGCCCAUACAAUUUUUACUCAAACUUGCCCACCCCGAACACCUCACCCUACUCCCCCCCAAGGUCACCCUCGUCGGCAUAUUUUUGUCGAUGUACCGUCGACCCAACCACACUGUAUACUUUUCACCCUCCCCCUCUUCUUCUUCAUUUGCUAACCCUAAUUCCUCCACCACCGUUCACCAAAUUCAAUUCCGCUGUCGCCGUCUCACCGUCGACUCCGAUGUCCGACGACGAUCUCGUCGCCAGUCCCUCCUCAAAUAACAAUUCUUCGUCUCUGCCUCCGUCUCCAUCACCUCCACCGCCCUCAACCAACACCGAACUAGCUAUUCCUCCGCCACCGCCGACGAUCCAGCCGGCGUCAACUCGACCGGCAGCUUUUCCCGCUCGUGAGGACUGCUGGUCGGAGGCGGCGACUCAUACUCUGGUCGAAGCGUGGGGGUCCCACUACCUGGAGCUAAAACGCGGUAAUCUCCGGCAGAAGUACUGGCAGGAGGUGGCUAACGCCGUUAACGCCCUUCACGGCCACACAAAGAAGCAAUAUCGCACAGAUAUACAGUGCAAAAAUCGCAUCGAUACAUUGAAGAAGAAGUAUAAGAUCGAAAAAGCUAGGGUUUCUCAAUCCCAUGGCCGGUACGUCUCCCCGUGGCCGUUUUUCAACGGCCUCGACGAUCUAAUCGGCGACAAUUUCAAAUCGUCGCCGGCUCCGGUAACAGUCGCUCCUCGCCGGAAGACACCUCCGAUGCUUCUCCCCCUGCCUUCUGCCGUGCCGGUUGGUCCACGGUCAAAGCGGCCGGCGGCAUCCAUGGAGGACACCGUUUCCCGGAGAAAUUUCUCCGCCAUGGCGGCAGCCGCUGCAGCUGCUGCCUCUGAGGAAUCGGAUGAAGAGGAGGAGUCGGAGACUUCAAGUCCGGCGGCCAUAACUCUGGCCGGCGCUCGAAAGGAGGAGAGUGGAGCAUUGGCAGAGGGUUGUAGUAGGUUAGCUGAGGCAAUAGGAAGGUUUGCAGAGAUAUACGAACGGGUUGAAGAUGCUAAGCAGAGGCAAAUGGUGGAAUUGGAGAAGCAGAGAAUGCAAUUCGCAAAGGAUUUGGAGAUUCAAAGAAUGAAACUCAUUAUGGAGUCACAAGUCCAGCUUGAAAAACUUAAACGCGCUAAGAGCAAUUCACAAGCUG